GACAUGCGUUACUUCGACUUACUAUUUGGAGUUUGCUGUUGAGUUUGGAGACUGCAGCACUAUUGGUACCACUAUCACCAGUGCUGCUACAUCCCUUUUGAAUACCUUUAGAAGACACCUACCCUCAUUCAGUUACAAUAACAUGGCAUUUUGUGACGACUGCACAAUCGGUUCAUUUGAUACUGAUUGUAAGGCAGGGGUUUAUAGUGCACGUGCUGAAAUCAAUGCUGACUUUGCUGAAAGACUUGAAGACGUGAAUGAUAUUGUGGAAGAGAAAUUAGAUGAUCUUCUCUCAGGUAUUACUGGGACUGGAAUAUUGACGACAUUGGGAGUUGUAAAAGAUGAGGUCUCCUUGGAAGUCAAAUCAGUCGAUGGAGAAGU